AGCGUAGUAGCGCGUCCAGCAGCAGAGCGUCGCCCGCGCAGUCUGCCGCACUUCAGCAUCCUCUGGUUCAUGGAGUAUUCACUUUCCAUCCAAGUGCAACAGCGGCUGGCGCUCUUCCCGACGCACUUCUACCAGGGCUACAGCGUGGAGUUACAGAUGAAGUCAACAGAGGUGGACCAAGGACUUUUCACAGACAGCUACUGCAAAGUGUGCAGCGCUCAGCUCAUCUCCGAGUCCCAGAGGGUGGCCCAUUAUGAGAGUCGGAAACACGCCAACAAAGUGCGGCUGUAUUACAUGCUACAUCCUGUGGAUGGAGGCUGCCCCGCCAAGAAGCUCAGAACAGACAAUGGCAGCGAUGAGGGCGAUGUGGACAAGAACAAAUGCUGCACGCUGUGUAACAUGUCCUUCACCUCAGCAGUGGUGGCGCAGUCCCACUACCAGGGGAAAAUCCACGCCAAGAGGCUCAGACUGCUGCUGGGAGAGCAGCCGGCCAUCAUAACCAAAGAGGCAUCUCCCAGUCCCGUAAAGAACUCCCCAGAAAUGUCUCCAAUGAUGUCGCCUCGACAGCGCCGUGACUCAGACCGUUACUGCCAGCUAUGCAACGCUUGGUUCAACAACCCCGGCAUGGCUCAGCAGCAUUAUGAUGGAAAGAAGCACAAGAAGAACGCCACCAGAGCAGACCUGCUGGAACAGCUGGGUCAGACCUUCGACAUGGGAGAAAUGAAAGGCCUGAAGCGAAGCUACACCUGCGAAGUGUGCAGCGUCACACUCAACUCGGUGGCACAGUACCACGCACAUCUCCAGGGCUCCAAGCACCAAAACAAUCUGAAGAAUCAGAUAUGUGUCCAGUGAACCACGGACGACGAUAAACACACCAACUACUGGAUUGAUGUCAGACAAGCUGUGGUCAGCUUGCCCUGCUUUUUCUGCCUCUGCUCCGCUCCACUCGCCUCGCCAUCAUUUCUUUUUUUUUUAUAUUUGAAUCUCGCUUUUUUUCUCGCCGCUCGCAGUAUUCCGGCUAAGAAGGGAUUCAAAGGAGGGUUUUAUUUGGGACAACUUCCGCAUGACCGUCUCCACUAUCAGAAUAAAAGAGCUUCAGCUUUUGUCCACUUUACCAGGCACUCUGAUGGUUGAUCUCUGACAUUCCACUGGAACCGCGUACUUCCUUUUUCUUUCCAUCCACUUUUAGCCUGAAAGCAUUGAAGUGGAUCUUACACUCAGCAGCCUUUUUACAAUGCAUGAACAAAGCUCUACUUUUUUCAACAGAAUGUCAAGUACUUUAUGUUGGACUUUUAACUGAGGAAAUGAGGGUUUGUUUGUCUUACUUGAAAGAAAUGGAACAUUUCUAAUGAUAAAUUCAGUGUUUAAUAUUGAUUCUUCACUGUCUUUCUUCUCUGCACACAGUGAAUUUUACUAGAUACACUGCAUUCCUGUCGUAGACCUAAACCCAUUUGCAGCUUGAAAUAGAUCGAUAGCAAUAAUAAUACUGGUUCAACUCUAACUAUGUUGUAAAGUGUAACUGUCUGUUUACUAUGCUGAGCAUAAAGCAGGAUAUGUUUAACUGUCGUCCUAGAAAUCCCUACAUCUCUUCUUAUAUGCUCGUAUUUUUUUCUUUUCGUGGAUCAAUCUGCUAGGAAACAUUCCUGGAUUCUGGAUCAAAUUUAUAUAUUUUACCCACAAUACUCUGAUAAACUAAAUCAGGAGAGAAAUUGAGUCUCCACAUAUUUUGAUGUGUCAUCUUUAUCAGGUUGUUAGCAGAGCUUUAAAGCACAAAAAGAAGAAACAGGAGAAGGAGACCAAAGCAGAUACGGUAGUAGCCAUUCAAAAUUCCCCCACUUUCAUGGGCCCUUGGCUGGGCCCCUACAAUUCCUUUUUAGACAUCGAUCUUUGUACUAAAAUAUAGAUUUGUGGACAUUAAGCUCUCCAGUGA